CCUCAUCCUUACUUCCCUUGAAGGUCCUGGGUGGCUUUGUCAAAUACUUCAUUCAAUGGUUAGCACCGCGCAAAACGCGGGACGCCGCGAUAUGACAUCUGCAGAAAGAUGCUGCAUGACUGGCUCGAAUCGACCGAUCUUGAGGCCCGACCAGGCAUUUCAUAGGUAGCCUUGCCGCUAUCACUUCACUUUCCGCACUGCCCUGCUACUAUCGUGCAAAAUAACAACGUCGUCACGUCACUAUCGUGGGCUCCUUAACUGGCCCCCAUUCAAAUAACGCCACGCAGCCCCACCAUCGCAGCUUGCCUUAACCACCCCACCAUCGCCUCUACCCUUUUACCUCACCUCACCGCACAUCGCAACGCAACGCGCACACCGUAAUCAUGGGCAAGCCUCCGAACCUAUACGCCUUCCAGAGCGUCGACGAGCUCGCGCCGAGCCUCCGCACCUAUGUUCUCGACGCGCAGAACAACGCUCUUGAGCGCCACCACGCUUUCCGCAUCGCAAUCUCUGGCGGAUCCUUGCCCAAGACCCUUGCGCAAGCACUCCUCAAAGAGACGAAUGGCGACGGCAAAGUUCAGUUCGACAAGUGGGAGAUCUUCUACGCUGACGAGCGCGUCGUCCCCUUGGAUCACGAAGACAGCAAUCACAAGUUGGUCAAGGAGGAGCUGCUAGACAAGAUACCGGCCGAGCUAGGGACACCCAAGGUCCACCCUAUCGACGUAAAAUAUCUCGACGAUGUACAAGAGCUGGCCGACCAGUAUGAGAAGACGCUGGUUAGCGUUUUUGCAGCGAGGGACAGUGUAAAGCUGCCCCUGUUCGAUCUCCUCCUGCUUGGAUGUGGACCAGACGGCCACACCUGCAGUCUGUUCCCCGGUUCCGAUCUCCUGCGCGAAACCGAAGCUUGGGUGCUCCCCAUUUCCGACUCACCAAAGCCCCCACCAAAGCGCAUUACCAUCUCUCUACCCGUCGCGCAACAUGGACUCAAGAUUGCCUUUGUCGCGACUGGCGGUGGGAAGAAGGAUGUCAUGAGGCAAAUCUUCGAUACCGAUGAAGGGCAGCAAUUGCCGUGUGGAUUAGUGAACUUGAAGGGUGCAGAACGCGUCAGUUGGUUCGUCGAUUACGCAGCGAUCGAGGGCGUUUCGUUUCCAGCGCGCCGUGGAAGUCUAUGAGAUACCCAUGCACUGAGCUGGAUUCCCGCUCGACCUCAACCUUCGCAGGUGCCUCAAAAUAGACAGUCGUCUAUUUUUCUUGCUACCUGCAUUAAGUUCGGGUACUUCUUUGUGCUUUCGCGAUGGAUAUCCGGUAUGGAGUUGGAGGACCACUCUCGAAGUAAGCAUCAGCCGUUCACUUAAAAUUAGAUACAAAUAGAUCACGAUC